GAAGAAUUAACAGACAAAGAAGAGGAAGAAAAGAAAGUUGGUGCAUUAACGGUUGAUAAUGGCACCAGAGAACAAAUAGAUCACGAAAUUCUCGAUACUUCCAGUGAAAUUGAAGAUCCCAGUACAUCACAGAAGUGUGCUGUUAGAAAAGAUAUGUUGUCAGCAUUACAAUUGGAAGAGAAGGAAGAUACAGACUCACCUUGGGAUUCAGAGUGUUCCUCAGAAAGCCUCUCCAAAGGAUCUGCAAGACAUAUAUCUGCACUUACCAAUCAAACAAUAGUCGAAAGUAUUUCAAGGGGACAACUUAAAGAUUAUCCUGAGAAAUAUCCCAAAUUACAGCCUACUCAACCUACUCUUGAAAUGAAAGAUUCUUUCACAAACAAAAAAAUAGAAAAAGAAGUGAAGGAAAAGCAAAAAUCAGAUUUACUGGAAGAAUUUGGUCCAGAUAGUACAGAUGACACUACUG